AUGUCCCUAAGAACCCUUGCUGUAAAUAAGUUCGUUGCCUGGCGCUUCGCCAGCGAGCUUGCAGCAUGUGCUGUCUGCAAGAUCCCUUGCCAUGAACUCUGUCCAACGUGCGCCAGCACAGACUCGACGUGCUCUUUGGUCAAGAGCAAGUGCGGCCAUGUCUUCCACACAGAAUGUAUACACACAUGGCUGACUAGCAACGUCAUUUGCCCACUCUGUGCUGCGCCAUGGGAGGCGAUUUCCCUAAAGUGA